AUGGACGGAUUGUUACAGAAAGGUAAAGAAUUUGCAAGUUCAGGCAAAAUCACUGGGGAAGAUGUUCAAGAUGCUUAUAAGCAGUUUUCAAAAGGAGGUGACUUUCAAACAAAUGCAAAAGCAGCUUAUUCUGAGUACCAGGAGAAUCACAAGAAUGACAAGAAAGAGUCUGGAUCUGUAUCAACCAACUCUGAAUCUGCCAAAUCUACUUCUGAAUCGAAAUGA